AUGUCGCUGACCUUUUCACUCCAGGCCCUGCUUGCCCGCCACGAGGCAUACAUGGCCGAUGCGGAACGAGACCGCCUGUCAUUAACAAGCCGAAUCGAACAGUUGGAGAACGAUAAGCUGGAGCUUCAGGCCGAGAACACGAGAACCGUCGAGGAGAAUCGAACCUUGCUCGACCAGCUCGAGAUGCUGAACAAUACCGUCCAAGAUUCCGACAUCCGGAUCCAGACCCUGGAGGCCACCCUGCUAUCUUCCCACCAGGCCGUCCGUCGCCUUGAGGGCGCAGCAGCCCGGGCUGCUGAGAUGGAACGGCAUAUCGCCCUCCUCGAGCAGGAGCAGCUGCGCUUGCAGAACACCCUCAUCACCUCCGAAUCUGAAGCCCGCUCUGCCAUGCAGCGAUGGAGGAAAGCCGAGAGGGGAAUCUCCGAUCUUCAAGAGCAGCUGGAGCGCAUGGAACAGGAAGCCAAGGAGGAAAGAGAACGCCACACGGAGGUUCUGGGCCGCAUGGAGCGUCAACGAGAGAUGGAAAAGGAGCUGAAUGCCGCCGCUGGACGUCUUAAGGGAGCCGCCGCAGCCAAGUCACUCAACACCGGGAAAGGCGGCACAAAUGUGGUGUCCCAUUUCGUGCGCGAUCUGCUUCAGGAUAACGCAAACCUGCAGUUGGGCAUGGCGGAACUGCGGCAAAUGCUGGUCAACUCCAACGACGAAAUCCAGGCUUUGCGGGACCAGUUGAUGUGCCACCAGCCUAUUCACGAGGACGACACAAGCGCCGUGUCUACUUUGCGUGCAGAGCUUCCCCUGGAACCCGCCGAGGUGACCCAAAACAUCUCCCAGGAGUUGCAUAUUCAUCACCACUACCAUGUGGCCGAAAAGAACAAGUCGAAGAAGAAGCGUCACAGCUUGAACCCAGGACUCUUUUCGCCUACGAGCGUUUCAAGAUCCUCUACGCCUCCUCCGGCGUGGCGCCCUCCACCCUCAACACCGGCCAUGGCCUCCCACUCUCACAAGGCCUCCACCUCGACAGUCUCCAUGGGACCAUCUAACAGAUGGUCCGUUUUCUCGGAACAACCGUCAGAGUUCGCACCUUCGUCCGUCCCAAGCUCCCCGCAGUCAAAUCCGCGACUGUCCAUGUUUGACAGGCCAAUCCUGGAUAUGGAUAUCCCCACGUCUCCAACCACAAGUCUGGACCCGACUUCACCAACAUGGAAGUCAUCUCACAACAAGCGCCCAUCGGAAGCGUCCAUGCGAAGCUUCUCCGUGCCUAGUAGGCUUUUAAGCGUGGCAUCCCCCGCUGCACCUGCGGCGCCAGCGCUUCACGUCACGCAGCACAUAUCGACAACGAUUGAGGAGGAAAGAGAAGAGAACGGCACAGAGGAGCUUCCGGAUCUCACUUCAGCCAGUGAAGAGGUCACGGAGACUGACACGGAGACGAUGGAGACGGAGACGGAAAGGUCGUUCUCGAAAUACGAGGAGCUACCCCGGCAGCGUCUGCAUCGUGCAGUCUCUCAUGAGUCGAUCAUGUCUCUAUCUGGAGGACUUGACAUUCACACGCUGAAGCCUCGCAGGGUUGCCCAUGCCGAGAAUGGUGUCAACGCCCUACUCGAGCGGUCUUGGGAGAUGGGUCAGCUGGCGGCCGUGGAGCGGCGGAGGUUCCGUUCCCCCACGGGCAACCACUCCAACAACCACCCCGCCUACGCCUACGCCGCCUAA